CUGGCCCUGGCCCUAGCCCUACCCUAUUUUGCUGGGCAAGGAAGAGUGGGGGACGCGCACCACCCUCUCCUGGCGCCCAUGGCCAUAACGUCAAUUGAAGCUGUGCAUUAUUCAAAGCCUGAGCAAGGGGCUCCCUGGGUGAUGAAGGCAGAGCCUGGCUUCACCCCAGGCCCUGUCUGCAUUCCUGGACUCUGUUCUGCCGGUGCUUAGGCUCCACCUACGCCGAUUAGCCCUAGCAAUCCCUGACGACAGACAAGUCUCUCCAUUCUGGUAUCUUCCCUGUCUUGCAGGACCGCAAUCCGAGCAUCCCCCUAGGCCAUGGCCGCCCCGAAGCUUUUCCGAGCUCUCGUGUCUGCGCAGUGGGUGGCGGAAACUUUGAAGUCCCCGCGCCCCUCGCAGCCACUGAAGUUACUGGAUGCGUCCUGGUACCUACCCAAGCUGGGCCGCGAUGCACGACGCGAGUUUGAGGAGCGCCACAUCCCGGGCGCCGCCUUCUUUGACAUUGAUCGAUGCAGCGACCACACGUCCCCCUAUGACCACAUGCUGCCUAGCGCCGAGCAAUUUGCCGACUACGCGGGCAGCUUGGGCGUGAGCGCCUCCACGCACGUUGUGGUCUACGACGGCAGCGACCAGGGCCUCUAUUCAGCUCCACGGGUCUGGUGGAUGUUCCGCGCCUUCGGCCACCACACUGUGUCGUUGCUGGACGGCGGCUUCCGCCACUGGCUGAGCCAGAACCUUCCAAUCAGCUCCGGCAAAAGCCACUCAGAGCCCGCGGAGUUCUGCGCACAGCUCGAUCCCUCCUUCAUCAAGACCCAUGAGGACAUCCUGGAGAACUUGGAUUCCCGACGCUUCCAGGUGGUGGACGCUCGCGCAGCUGGCCGUUUCCAAGGCACCCAGCCGGAACCCCGAGAUGGCAUCGAACCUGGCCACAUCCCUGGCUCAGUAAACAUCCCGUUCACUGAAUUCCAAACCAAGGAAGGUCUGGAGAAGAGCCCAGAGGAGAUCCAACACCUAUUUCAGGAGAAGAAGGUGGACCUGUCCAAGCCCUUGGUAGCCACAUGCGGCUCCGGUGUCACAGCCUGCCACGUGGUCCUGGGGGCCUUCCUCUGUGGCAAACCCGACGUGCCUGUCUAUGAUGGCUCCUGGGUAGAGUGGUACAUGCGUGCCCAGCCUGAGCAUAUCAUCUCUGAGGGCCGAGGGAAGACCCAGUGAAGCCAGACAGGACACAGUGCAGCUUGGGUGACACCGUCACAGUGCCAGCCUGGUCACUCUGACCCUGCUUUGCCAAAAGUCCUUCCUCAGACAACUCAGGUGGUGUUUAGGGUGACAUCCCAGAGACCAGGAGUUCCAGUGACUCGUGGACACUCAGCAGGAGGUACCCAAGAAGGUAGCAGGCAGUAAGAAGGUACCCAGGGGAGGGAGGAAGGCCAAACAGCAGAACAGCUUGCACGGUGCUGAGCUGGGGCCCACCUAGCUUGUUUCACUGUUGGGAAAUAAAACAACAAGCACAAAACC